AUGCUCGUUCGUGUAUCGCUGAGGACUUGCGCACAAGUCCAGGGCGAUGCACCACGCAGCAGCAGCUUCCUGCUCAAGCAGCUCGUCACCAACAACCAUAUUCAGCAUCGCAGACUCUCGUCCUCUGUCAAUGCGAAUCAAUCAAACCUCUUCCAAGCUCUUGAGACCCAUGACCCGCUCAGUGUAGCCGUGAAACACUUUAGAACCGGCCGCAAGUUCACCUACGCAGACCUAACCAGAGAUAUCAUUGAAUCACGAAAGCGACUCCUACAAAAAUGUUCCGCCAAGGGAAUAUCAUCUCUCAAGGGCGAACGAGUUGCUUUUGCGGCAACGAAUAAUUAUUAUUCCGCGGUGAAUUUGUUUUCUAUCCUGGCUAGUGAUGCGAUUGCAGUGCCGGUGUUGCCUACUCUCCCAUACCUUGAAGCCAAGUAUAUCCUAGACAAUGCGGAUGCAAAGAUGUUAGUUUUAGCGGACACGGCAGACAAAGCUCGGAAAAUGGCGGAUUGGUUCGUUGGCGGAGAUGAUUUGAUUGUCGAUGUGAGAGAGCGUGUCCCCAGGCGUGGGCAUUGUGAAGUAUCAUCGCAAGUUGACUUUCCUAAUGUACAUGACGCAAAAGGAGGUCUUAUGUUGUAUACUUCUGGCACCACGAAUCGACCGAAAGGUGUCUUUUUACCGUUGGCCGCACUACAAGCCCAAGCGCAGUCAUUGAUUGAGGCUUGGAAGUAUACUCCAAAAGAUCAUUUACUACAUCUUCUUCCGCUACACCAUAUUCACGGCCUUGUGAAUGCGCUUCUCGUCCCUAUUCUUGCGGGCUCGACUGUUGAAUUCAUGCGAUCCCCAUCGGCUCCGACUCUUAUUUGGCAUCGAUUAGCUGCACCAUUUUUAGACCAGCAGCAACAUGAGAAUCUGAAGGACCGCGAGAAGAUCACCUUCUUGACAGGCGUGCCAACCUUGUACACCCAACUCAUGGCAAAUUUUCCUUCAUUACCAGACGAGAUUCAAGCAGCGGCAAAACAGGCAAUUUCGCCUGAAAAUCUACGACUGAAUAUUUCUGGAUCAGCGGCAUUACCGACACCGACAAAAUCCGCCUGGACAGGAUUGAGUAAUGGGAAUGUCCUUUUGGAGCGGUAUGGUAUGACUGAAGUCGGGAUGGCUAUCAGCUGUGGAUUAGACCCCAAUGAUCGUGUGGAUGGUAGUGUGGGCUGGCCAUUGCCGUCCGUGGAGGUGAGAUUAUGGGAUACGGACAAAGAGGAGGUGAUCCAGCCCGGUGAAGAGAUCGACAAAGAGACUGGUCGUGAACGAGUAGGGGAAAUUCAACUACGAGGACCCACGAUUUUCCGCGAGUACUGGAACAAUCCAAAGGCCACUGCAGAGUCUUUUGUUUCAGAUGCUGAUGGCAAGGGGAAAUGGUUCCGAACUGGUGACGUUGCGGUACGAAGAAUUGUCGACGCCAGUGGUAAAGGGAGCAGCGGUGAAUGGGCUAAAGGGCCCAUGUAUUUCAUUCAAGGUCGUCUUAGUGUGGAUAUCAUCAAGACAGGAGGCGAAAAAGUGAGCGCGCUUGAGGUUGAGCGGGAGCUGUUAUCAUUGCCCGGGAUUGCCGAAGCAGCCGUUGUCGGUCUGCCGUCUGAGACAUGGGGACAAAAAGUGGCCGCGGUAAUCGUUCUGGACACAACCACGACACCACAACUCAUCGGUGAUGGCGGCGAGACAAGCAGCAGCAGCAGCAAACCGAAACCGUGGGGUGCCCUGCAUCUGCGUCGAGCGUUGAGUGACCGUCUCGCGGCGUAUAAACUUCCGCAGGAAGUGAAGGUAUUGACUGGGUGCAUUCCGAGAAAUGCAAUGGGCAAGGUGAACAAGAAGCUGCUUGUCAAGGAGGUUUUUGGAGUGCAGGGUUGA